AUGGAGUCUUUAUCCCAAAACCCCAUACUUAAACAUUUUUAUACGGGAAUCGAACCCGCAGAUGCCUUUACAUUUAACAAGAUAAAUCCAGCUGUGACACCUGUCACGCAUAUUUCAUUAAAAUUUUAA